UCCAACCACAUCCCUUUCUUAGUGACUGGAACUAAAAGCAUUUUUCGCCUUAGUCAACUAACUGUAAAUCGGUGGCUUAUCUUUUGUCUAUGGAAAUUUUUUAGAUACAUUUAUCGCUAUGUGAUUCGUUCGGAAACAAAACUUUUGGUAAAUCCUGAACUUAAGUUGUAAAAUGGAACUGUAUUCGAAUAAUUUGCCACUUCUGGAUGAUAUUCGCUACUGAAAAGCCUUCAAUAAUCGCAAAACGAUGCUUAAUGUUCUCUACGGGGACCUCAAGGGAGCAAUUACUUGAAAGAACAAUGUAUUUCAAAAGCUGGAUCUUGAUUCUGCUUCUUUUCAAACAAUUCGAUCUUGGAACGUCUCAGUGGCCUCAACGAGUUAUCGGAGCAAAAGAGCUGACGGCGUGCGAAGGCCUCGGUUUCCCGAAUGCGACUUUGAAUAGCUGCGGCUUCUGUACCGGUGGCGGCACGGGUCUUCCCGGGAAUUUUUCCGAGGAUUGCAUGGGAUCGUGCACCGACGACGCUGUUCCCGACUGCGCCGGGUUAUGUGGAGGAAACGCAUACGUUGAUGAGUGCUCCGGACAGUGUAUCGCUGGCACAACAGGCUUUUCUGAGGAGGAUGUGAGUUCAUUCCGGGAUUGCAGAGGUUACUGCACAUCUUCUGGUGGGCAGUUUUACACAGAUAACUGCGGAGUGUGCCAUACAGGAACUUCACCAUUUCAAGACUGCACAAACAGAUGCCAUUUACCAGGCCAAGAGUCACUUAUGGCCAAACUUCUGUGCGGGCGCUGUGUUGGUGGAACAACAGGCGUUUUGGAAUCCGAAGUCUUGGAUCCUUGUGGAAACUGUAGAAGUGAAACCCUGGAGUGCCCCUGCAACGGAACAGGAAAACCAGAUGCUUGCGGCAUUUGUAGAGGAGAAGGCAAAUCCUGCAUGAGAGUUACAAACUUCCGACCGCGAGCAAUACCUGUGAAUACAUACGCGACC